AUGAAAGCUUACAUCGAGUACGAAAUUUCUGAAGGCGCUUAUGAGAUCUCAUGCCCUGACGCCCAAUGUCCAGAGCAGGGUAUCAUAACAUUAGCUGAAAUUGCAAAUCUAACUACUGCAAACCUUAUGAAGAGACAUCAUCGUUACCGUCUGAACAGAGAAAUUGAGUUAGACAAAUCACGUACUUGGUGUCCUCGCGCCGGUUGCGAGACCGUAUGUCUUGUUGGGCCGAGCCCACAAAAUGACGCAGCACCUUCCACAUCAACAUCACAAAUUGCUGCUACGAGUCCUGAUACUGAUGGUUUAUCGCCACAUUUAUGUGCUGUACAAUGCCCUACAUGCAAGGAUAUUUUUUGUUCAUCGUGCAAGAAAACUUGGCAUCCUAGUAUCACUUGCGAAGAGCAUAGUAGACGGCUGGUUGCAGAUGGUCAGGAUGAUAUUGGUAUACCUUUUGAUAAUGACUUAAUCAAGUGCUGUCCUAUGUGCGCAGUUCCCAUUGAAAAAGACGAAGGUUGUGCUCAAAUGAUGUGUAAACGCUGCAAGCAUGUUUUCUGUUGGUAUUGUUUGGCUAGUUUGGAUGAUGAUUUCCUUCUGCGUCACUACGAUAAAGGACCUUGCAAAAAUAAACUUGGACAUUCCCGAGCUUCUGUGGUGUGGCAUAGAGCUCAAGUAAUUGGCAUUUUUGCUGGUUUCGGUAUUUUAUUACUUGUCGCAUCGCCACUAUUGCUGCUGGCAGCACCCUGUAUUAUAUGCUGUAAAUGUCGUAGCUGCAGUGGUUCUAAAACCGAUGAAGGGGAUGGCGAAGUAGAAGAGGGCGCAGUUCUACAAAGUUAAAAAUCCUUGGAGUUCGUAAAUAUGUACAUAAAAUAGUUUAAAGGAUACACAUUUUUUGCUUCUGAAAUCUAAACGCAAUCUUGUUUCACACAAUCUUUAUUUCUAAUUAUGUAUUCAUUUAAAAUUACGAACAAUGCAUAUUUUAUUUUGGUUUUAUACAUAAAACUACUUUAAAUUAAUUAUAAAUUUACAAGUUAAUAAAUCUGAUUUGUUUUACUAGACGCGUAGAGUACACAUCCAAUCGUGUACGUAACACUAAAAAUGUAUUAAAAAUUGUACGUAUAUAUUUAAAAAAAAUUAUUAUGUGUUAACUAAAUUGUGAUAUUUACAGUGAUUCGA